CUAUAUCACAAAACCUAUAAACAAGAACCCUAAUAAAUGCAAAGCUUUUAAUAUUUUGCCAAACUUUUGUAUUCAAUGCAGUUAGCUGCAUUUUCCCACCCACCUCUCCAUCACUCUUGUUUUCCACCUCUCUCUCGCCACAUGGCCCUAACCUCUUUCUUCACCAUCAAAUGUCAACCGCCACAACCACCUUCUUUCCUCCUCCUCCUCCUCCUCCUCCACCUCCAGUCCCUAUCCCUACUUACAUAACCAGCCUCGGCCUUGGCUACUCCAUAGCCAUAGCUCUUGGUUUCCUCGUCCUCAUCUCCACCAUCAUCCUCUCUUCCUACAUCUGUUGCCGCGCCUCCCGCCUCCGCUUCUCUACCUCAGCCGCAAACUUAGACUCUUCUUUCGGUAACCGGAGCAUAAUCGUCCCAAGAAUCAUGUUUGUAGCUGAAGGCGAUGAUCUUGAGUCAGCUCCUUCUGGUAACGUCGUUGUAGGUGGACUUGAUCAACCGAUCAUCAACUCUUACCCUAAAUUCCGUUACAGAGCUUCAGGUGAUGAUGAACUUCAAGGCGGAGACGGUGACACGACGUGUUCAAUCUGUUUAUGUGAGUAUAUGGAAGAAGAGAUGGUAAGGAUGAUGCCCGAGUGUAAACACUACUUCCAUGUCUCUUGUCUUGACGCUUGGCUUAAGCUCAAUGGUUCUUGUCCCGUUUGUCGAAACUCUCCACUACCGACGCCGCAGUCAACCCCUCAGUCAACACCACAGUCUACUCCAUUGUCGGAAGUUGUCCCGUUGUCUCAGUACGCCGCUGAUCGCAGAAGAACGAGAAGUUAAUAUUACAUUUGUUUUAGUUUUUGUUGGGAGAUUGCAUGUAUUCAAAAGUUUAUUAUUGUUAUUGGAAUGAUAUCAUUCAAAAUAUUUAUUGAGUUGCUUUA